UGUCCCAGUUCAAAAGGAAGUAAAAAUCAGUAAAAAAAUUUAGGCUUUUCCAAACAAGGUGCAAGUGUUAUUUGAAUUUAUAACGUCAGCAGUUCUCUUCUUUAUAAUAAUCUCAUGACAGUCUGCAUUCACACGGUCUGAAAGCCAUAGAUGGCUGACUCUACUGAAGAAUUCGAACCCCUUUUCGAUUACUCACGCGUUCAGCCCUGUAAUGUCAUUAACCUCGAUGAUGAUAGCAUGGAUGAAUCCCCCGUAUUCUUCGAUAAGAAACGGAAAAUUGCAGACGCUGAUGUUGAAGAGAAAGAGAAGGAUGUAAAUGGGAAGGAUAUCGAGGUGAUUGAUUGCGACAGUAAGGUAGAUGAAGAAGAAGAUUGGCUACCUCCAGCACCAAAGAAUUCAAGAAAUACUGAAAAGAUACUUGACGAGGACUCUACUAUAAAGGCGCUACGGCUAAAAAAGGAGGAGUUGGCAUCACUGGCGAAUUCAGCUGAGGAAGUUUUGCGAGCUGUUGAAGAAUCUGUAAGGAAAGACCUCAGUGCAUCAUUACUGUCUUCUCUGGAGAAUGCAGCGGAGAAGCCACAGAAUCCUCUUCCAGAGAGAGCAAAAGUAGUUAUCUCCAUUCAGAACAAGGAUGAACUUAAACAAUUUCGUGUUUACACGGAUGAUAAAUUUGAACGACUCUUCAAGAUGUAUGCUGACAAAGCUAAGCUCGAUAUUAAACAAUUAGUUUUCUGCUUCGAUGGGGAUAAAAUAAGUCCGGCAGAGACUCCUGGUAGCCUAGGGAUGGAGGACGAUGAUAUAAUUGAAGUGCAUAUGAAGUCAAACUAAUCCAGGUAAAAAUGGAUGUUGGAUGACCUGUAGCAUUCAAGUUGAUGAUUCUCUUCCUUGGACUCAAUGGCUUCUUUUGAACGACUUGUGUAAAAAAAUCUUUAUUUUGUUGUCCUGCAACUGUAAAGUGGAAAUCUUCUGUUGGUGAAUGACGAUAAACAUAGUAGAAGCUAUUUCGAAAGAAGUGCAAGGAUUUUUUGCAUACCUCUGUAACUGUAAAAGCUCAGUCUCCUCGUAAGUAGAAUAAGCACACGCAAACAUGCAUCCCGGGUUAAGAAAAUGAAUGUAGGACUCUCUUCAUUUGAGUUGGAUUGUAUACCAUGCAAGUUGCAACUAACUAUUAAGAUGUUAGAGAAUGUGAUUUGCGUAAGAAUGUGGUUGUUGCAGUCGCAUUUAUAGUUUAUGGAAUUUCAUUUCACAUGGCUA